CAAAAUGGCUGGCCCUUACCAUCCAGUACCGGCACAAAAUGCUUAUGUAAAUCCUGCUGUAAAUAUUGAUACUCCAGCCCGUUUCAAUGCCUGGCUACUUUCAAAAUAUGCCGAAGAAAAUAUAGGCGGUAUGACUAUGGGCAUCCAGGCUCUACUAAGUGAAAAAUUUAGCCCAUUUGACACGCCUGAAUCAUAUCGAGAUAGAAUUCGAAAAAUUUCUAUAGGAGUAACUGAUGCAUUAGCAGUGCCAAUUCUCUUCCAACAACUUCCGCCAGAUUUAAUAAUAUCUGUAAGGAUGUAUAUGAAUGAUCGCGGAGCUGGACAUCAAACAGUAGCUAAUUUCUUUGCAGACUUAAAAAGAGCCUAUAUUGAAAUUCGUGGCGGAGUAGGUAAGGCUCAGGCCUCUAAUACUCAAAUACCGCAGAAUGCAUCUCAAAUCUCCGCAUCAGAAAAUAGCUCUGCUAGCACGGCUAAACCACCCCCUUUACCUCCGGGACAUGAUUAUAGGCUUGAGGAAUUCCGUAUGAAUCAUCUACCUCCAUUUUUAGAAGAAGAAUUUAAGAAAAUGUUCCCUAACUAUAAUGCUUAUCCAGGAACUGAAAAGUUAUCUUCUUUACCAGCAAGAUUUCUUAACCCAAUAGCAGAGAGAAAAUUUAAACUUGCAGAUC